AUGGAAAUAAUAGAUGCUGCAAAACACAUGUGGCCGAGUGAUCUCCGAAAGAUUUACAAAAGGCUUCGUACAUUGAAUACCGAUUUUGGUUUCCCUCCGAACACAAACCCAUAUAUUUAUCAAGAGGUCAUUUAUUACGGCAAUGAGGCCAUUAAACCACACGAGUAUACUCCUUUAGGCGAUGUCACAGAAUUCAGGGUCGGAUCAGAACUGAAGAACGUUUACCGAGGUCACAACGCUCUAAAAUGGCUAGUGUCGUGGGGGGAACAAUGGGGCCUGUCACCGAGAGAUACCGCCCUAACUUUUAUAGAUAAUCAUGAUACUCAAAGAGGUAGUGACGUUUUGACCUAUAAGGAAUCGAGAGCCUAUAAGGCAGCCAUAGCUUUUAUGUUGGCGCAUCCUUACGGCGAACCUCGAAUUAUGAGUAGCUACAUUUUCGACACUAAUGAACAAGGACCGCCUAACGACGACAAUGAAAACAUCAUUUCGCCAAGUAUUAACAAGGAUGACACCUGCGGUAAUGGCUGGGUGUGCGAACAUCGAUGGCGCCAAAUCUAUCAAAUGGUUGGCUUUAGAAACGCGGUGAGAAACACUACCGUGAAACACUGGUGGGACAAUGGCAGCUGUCAGAUUGCUUUCAGCAGAGGUGACAAGGGAUUUAUCGUUUUCAAUGCCGAUCCAUUCGCCCUAAACGUGACGUUAGAGACUGGUUUACCGAAAGGGGAGUACUGUGAUGUAAUAACCGGAAAAAGACGAGGAAAUAGAUGCACUGGUAAGAAAAUACGAGUAAGUGAAAAUGGUCUUGCCCAUAUUUUUAUCCGGAAUGACGCUGAAGAUAUGCACAUAGCGAUUCACGUUGGGAUAGAGUCGAAGAUAUAA